GGGGGAACGAUACUGCCGGGCCUGGCUGCUGGAGGAGAGAGCUCUGUGCCGGCGGGCUCGGGGCUGCGGCGCGGGGAGAGGCUGAUCGCCGGGAGAGGUCGGGCGGUGUGCUGGGCCCGAAGACUGUGCCAAAGAAGACUUUUGCUCAGAUGACAUCACAUUUGGACUACUAAUGCUACCCACCCACUCUACAAGGCACAAUGCAUUUCUAGAUAAUUUAACAAAUGCAGAGUGAAUCCCGUUCUUUCAUUUGCAAAAACCUUCUGGAAGAUUACUUGGAUGUUGUAUAUUGAAUGUCAGUGAAACUAGGCAGCUGUAUUGGGGGAAUAACUGAAGGAUCCACUGUCAGACACCAGAAUUUUAGUAAAUUCAGAAUUUAAUGCUUUUCUGCAGAAGAGGAUACAUCUAACUCCACGUUGUUCUUCAAAGGAACCAGGUUUCAUCACUAAACCUCACACUUUAACAAGUCCCAAAGUGUAAAAGGCAAACGUACAAAUGUCUACCACAAGACUAAAGUGUGAUAUGUUAUGUUUUUUACCAUAAGCACCCAUAAAAUGAGCUCCAUUGCAGACAGAAAUGAUGGAAGCAUUUUUGAUGGGCUGGUGGAAGAAGAUGACAAAGAUAAAGCAAAAAGAGUGUCUAGAAACAAGUCUGAAAAGAAACGUCGAGAUCAGUUUAACGUCCUUAUCAAAGAGCUGGGUUCCAUGCUUCCAGGUAAUGCUCGGAAGAUGGAUAAAUCCACUGUACUGCAGAAGAGCAUUGACUUUUUACGGAAGCACAAAGAAAUUACUGCACAAUCAGAUGCCAGUGAGAUUCGACAGGACUGGAAACCAACAUUCCUUAGUAAUGAAGAGUUCACACAGUUAAUGUUAGAGGCUCUUGAUGGUUUUUUUUUAGCAAUUAUGACAGAUGGAAAUAUAAUAUAUGUGUCUGAAAGUAUAACUCCCUUACUUGAACAUUUGCCAUCUGAUCUUGUGGAUCAGAGUGUAUUUAAUUUUAUCCCAGAGGGGGAACAUUCAGAAAUUUAUAAAAUAUUGUCUUCUCAUCUGCUGGAAAGUGAUUCAUUGACACCAGAAUACUUAAAAUCAAAAAAUCAACUAGAAUUCUGUUGCCAUAUGCUGCGAGGAACAAUAGAUCCAAAAGAGCAACCUACCUACGAAUAUGUAAAAUUUAUAGGAAAUUUCAAGUGUUUGAAUAAUGUUCCCAACUCGGCGCACAACGGUUUUGAAGGAACUAUUCAGCGAUCGCACCGGCCUUCGUAUGAAGACAAAGUUUGCUUUGUAGCCACAGUUAGAUUAGCUACACCUCAAUUUAUCAAGGAAAUGUGCACUGUUGAAGAACCCAAUGAAGAGUUCACAUCUAGACAUAGCUUAGAAUGGAAGUUCCUAUUCUUGGAUCACAGGGCACCUCCGAUAAUAGGUUAUCUUCCAUUUGAAGUUUUGGGAACAUCAGGCUAUGAUUAUUAUCAUGUGGAUGAUCUAGAUAAUCUCGCAAAAUGUCACGAGCAUUUGAUGCAGUACGGGAAAGGGAAGUCAUGUUACUACAGAUUCCUUACAAAGGGACAGCAAUGGAUUUGGCUGCAAACGCAUUACUACAUCACUUAUCACCAGUGGAAUUCCAGGCCAGAGUUUAUUGUCUGUACGCACACUGUUGUAAGUUAUGCAGAAGUUAGAGCAGAAAGACGACGAGAACUUGGUAUUGAGGAGUCUCUUCCAGAGAUAACAGCAGAUAAAAGUCAGGACUCUGGAUCUGACAAUCACAUAAACACAGUGAGUCUCAAAGAAGCACUGGAAAGGUUUGAUACCAGCCCCACACCUUCUGCUUCCUCCAGGAGUUCAAGAAAAUCUUCACAUACUGCGGUAUCAGAUCAUUCAUCAACACCAACUAAAAUGACAGUGGACACUAGCACUCCUCCGAGGCAAAGCUUAACUGGUCAUGAAAAGACAGCACAAAGAAGAUCGUCUCUGAGUAGUCAGUCUUUAAGCUCCCAGUCUCUCGGACAACCGGUAGCACAGACAGCCAUAUCUCAGCCUGCGACUUUACAGCUCCAGUCUGGCAUGUCCCAGCCUGUGUUUCAGUUUUCAGCUCAAUUAGGAGCUAUGCAGCAUCUCAAGGACCAGCUAGAGCAAAGAACACGCAUGAUAGAGGCAAAUAUUCAUCGACAGCAGGAAGAGUUGCGUAAGAUUCAAGAGCAGCUUCAAAUUGUCCAUGGUCAAGGGCUCCAGAUGUUCUUGCAGCAGUCAACUUCUGGACUCAACUUUGGUUCUGUGCAGCUUGCUUCUGGAAAUUCUUCAAAUGUUCAGCAGCUCACGCCAAUAAACAUGCAAGGUCAAGUUGUUCAAACUAAUCAGACUCAAAGUGGGAUGAACACAGGCCAUAUAAGUGCUCCACACAUGGUACAGCAGCAGCCUUUGCAGAGUACUGCAACGCAGCAUAAUCAACAAAAUGUAGUUAGUGGACACAAUCAACAGUCUUCUCUCGCCGGUCAGUCACAGAACACAGUCUCAGCACCUUUGUAUAACACUAUGGUGAUUUCUCAGCCAACAACGGGAAAUGUGGUCCAGGUUCCUUCUAGCUUACCACAGAACAAUAACCAGAAUGCUGCUGCAGUAACCACUUUCACACAGGAAAGACAAAUCAGAUUUUCUCAAGGUCAGCAGCUUGUAACAAAACUUGUCACGGCCCCAGUAGCGUGUGGAGCAGUAAUGGUACCAAGCACUAUGUUUAUGGGACAGGUGGUGACAGCUUAUCCCACUUUUGCUGCCCAACAGCAGCAGCCACAGACUUUAUCGCAGCAGCAGCAGCAAAGUCAGCAAGACCAGCAGCAGCAGCUCACCACGGUUCAGCAACCAGCUCAGCCGCAGCUGACCCAGCACCCCCAGCAGUUCCUACAGACAUCCAGGUUACUUCACGGAAAUCAGUCAGCUCAGCUUAUCCUCUCUGCUGCUUUCCCACUACAACAAAGCACUUUUACUCAGUCCCACCACCAGCAGCAUCAGUCUCAGCAGCAGCAGCAGCCACUGUCACGACACAGAACUGACAAGAUGACGGAUCCUUCCAAAGUUCAGCCACAAUAAUGUGGGGCUCUGCCUCUGGGUUGGUUUUGGUUUUCUUUUUUUAAGCGAACUACCAGGAGGGGGCUGCUCCACAACACGGUUGCACUGAGGCUGCGGAGGUAGCAGGACAAAGGCUUUCUAACGCCGCGGUGUUGAGAUCUACUCCUGACUUCCAGAAUCUGUUAAGAAAAGCCACAAGACGGUGGUGGGGACGUGGCCAACUUCGAUAGUUGCCCCGGUUUCUGUGUUCUAAAGGAUUUGCUGCCAUGUGUUAAUUUGUCCAGGUGAAAUCUCAAAAUGUGACUGAAAUGAGAGGGAUGCUGAAAAUAUUGGUAUUUUUAUCAAUCCUGUACAUUUUUAAAGUGUUAAAAUGGACACGGAGCAAUUGUUUGAAUCAGCAGAAAAAAAAAUGCCAGGAAUAUAGUCCAAAAACCAUCUAAUUUUUUUCAGAUGAUUAUGGGACAGUAAAUAUUUUGAAAAUGUUGUGUGAAAUCCAGUUCUCUGUUGUACAGAUGCUGUAAAAUAUUGUGUAUAUGUCUGCAUAAAAGGAGAAAGAGCAAAAUAUUUUAUAUGAUGCAUGAAAACGUAAUCUGUUCUUUGUAGGUUUGAAUCUCGUUUCCCUAAAUUCUCACGCCAUACUCAGCCUGAUGUUUUCCUCUGUUCUACCCUUUUUGUUUACAACACGAUGCAUCGUUAUUUUCACCCUUAAUGUGGGCACAAGUCUCUUGUUUGUGCUUUGUCUGUGAUGUCAGGGUUUGUCCGGUGAGGUACAGUGUGUGUUGGUUAGUUGACUUCUCGAAGUUAAAUUAUUGAUGAAGCUGUUUGAACUGGUGAUCACGCAUCAGGGUUCAGGACAUUCAGAUUCAUGAGGAUCAUCCAUCGUUUCAUAUAAUUAAUUCAUCGUUUUAUUUGAAAAAUAGGAAUUUGCACUGCUUUCUUGCGGAUGGUUUGGAAUUUUAUUCCCCAAAGCUAUCUUUUGAUAUAGUUCAUAGUUGGAAAUAUUUAUGUAAAAGGUUUAAAAAAAAAAAAAAAGAGUAAUUUUCAAGAAUGUUUCAGUUAUAGGAGUAAUUUGCACAAAAAUAUAUUUACAUUUAAUAACCUUUUGGGCACUUUUUAAACACUUUCUCUGUGGUGAGAAUUGUAACUUGUUAAAAUAUGUUGGAAUCUUUUUAUUCUCCUUCAAAACUAAGUCAGAACUAAUUCAGGGUCAUUUUAACAACAACAACAAAACCCAUAGUGCCUUGAUUUGAAUUCAGGUGAUAACGUUGAACAUCUUGAAUUACGACGUCUUCAAUCUGUAACCAUUUCCGAUUUUGAAGUCUUAGUACAUUGUCAGCCAGACUUGUGUCUCUUCUUCAUAGCUAUUUCUGUACCUGUGUUGGUUUUGAUUAUGGUCUGAGUUGAGAACAUGAGCAUUUUUGAGUGGUGCUCCCCCUCAAACACUAGCCGGAAACAGAGAGGAGUCUCUCAAAUCUCAGACCUUGAAGGUAAUGCUCUUAAAAGAUCAACAAAAUCUAAAAGUAUCCAUUACUCUUUUUGCAGGAGGAGGAAUAAUAAGCUGAUUUUUGUUGUUGUUGUUGUUGUUUUAAAUCAUUUUUGUAGCGUUUAAAGUGUGCGUUGGGGGAGAUCAUGGUUGCAUUUAACACUACCAGGCUAUUGAUUUUAAGAGAUACCACUGAACUAAGACUUCAGAAGGCAACUUCACUUUAUAAAGAAAAUAAAAAGUUCCAACAGAUAGGAUGUGCUAUUUUAAGUAAACGUUCAGUAGGUUUUUAAGGUACUAGUUUGUGGAAACCAGAACUUCAGAGGGAGAUGAAAAAAUGCUGAUAGAUCUGAUGAUUAAAAACAGUAAAAGCAGUUAAAAUUAGUACUAGGGAGAGAAAGCUGGAUUAAUCUUGAAUGCUGAGGAGGAGCUGAAUGAAUGUAACCAAAUGGUGAUGGACUAUUUUGUACUAUGAAGCAGUUUGAUUGUAUUGCUGGAGGAACCAAACCCGCAGGAAGGCGAUACCGGUUUGGCCAAGCCUUUGGUGGAGUCGGUUGCGUUCCGAGACCGGCUUUUGCCUUCGCACGCGUCCCACCCUUAGAUCUUUUGUUAUUCCCCCGAGUUACAAAGCAGGAGUUUGGCACCAAAAAAGCAGAGUAGCGAACAAGGAAGGAGAGUGGGAGAAACACAGUACCAAAGAGAACGGGAUGGUUUUCUGCUCCGAGGAGCCUCUUGCAACCUGGAGCGAGGAACAGAUGCCAAUACCAAACACAGCAAGGAAAACUUCCCCUUCUUUAAAGGGAUUUCUGGCAUUCACUGGGCUGGAAUAAUUGUCCAAAACCCCUUUCUGUAAAGUUCUGUGUAAAGAAAUCCUGCCUUGCUCUAUUAUCCCUACCACGCCAUUCCACCUUGUUUCGAAAUUAAGCUGCGUUGACUAGACGUCUGUGCUACUUUUGCUUAAUGGAAGAUAGGUUAGAUUAAAAUUAAAAAUUAACCAAUUACCAUAAUAAUAUAGCACUAAAAAAGAAAACUGGGAGAGCUUUAAUAGUGCUGUUAGAACUAUUGAAUAGCGGUAAAAUAGGUUUUAUUAAGCUAUUAUACUGAGAAUUACAGAAAAUAGAGAUGCCAGCCAGACAGUUAAUGAUGCGGCUUUUUAUAUAAAGCUUCAUUUAAACUUCUCAUCCUCUUUCCCCCUUCCCAAACACUCUGGUGUGCUGCUAUCGGUCUGUCAGUAAAAAGGCUAAGCUCGGCGAGAGAGGAAUUAGGUGAUGGCUGAAAGAGAACUAGCGAAACGUCCGCUUUGAUCGCGCAGCUUUUCUGUAACCCGGGAGGGAGGUCGCUCCGUUGCAGAACUGCCGGCGAGUAGAGAAAGGAGAGGGGACGGGGAAAUUCAAAGAAACAAACUGGAAAAACGGAGCACGCGCUUGAAAAAUUCCUGCCACGAAUCGGGCAAGCGAGGGCGUAGACCUUGCGCCAGAUUCCGUGCGAGGAUGCGGAUGCUUUGUUUCACAGCUUAAUGACUAAAAAAGCGUAUUUUUUUAAAGGCUCUGCAGCUUUUCCCCUGUCGCUGGAUCAGUUGCUGAACUCUCCUUGAUCUUUAGUGGGAAGAGGAGAACCAGGCUGUCGCCUCUUAAUCAGCCUUUUGCUUCUGCCCGGGCUCCUUUACUACACUCGUAGACUUAAUUUGCAACCUCCUAAUAAAUAGCAGGGUAACGAAGGCCGCGAUGCUGCAGGUUCUGGAGGGCAAAGGUUAGAGAUGGCUCCGACAGAAGGGAAGGAGCCCGUUAAGGAGAGGGUUGGGCUUAUGAAGGACCGGGCUGGUGGUUCCGAGUGGCGCGGAAAAGGCGGCGUGACCGCGUGGAGCUGAGGAGACAGACAUUGUUUGCCUGCGAUGGGUGAGGAUUUGAAGAAAAGCCUCUAGGAUAACUUCAGAGGGAAAAAAAAAAAAAAAAAGAAUAUAGCUUAUUUUUAUAUUAUAUUUAAUAUAUAUUGUAUUUGUAUAUAGAUACGAAAGGAUUCUAAGUAGGAGCUCUCCAUAUGCCUUCCAUUUCACCUAGAAGGUUUACCUUCUGCACUGCGGUUCCAGUGUGUCACCACCUUCUGCGGGCGUCCCGCCUGCUGCCAAACACCAAAACCAGUAACCCGGUAUCCUUACGAGAGAGAGGUUUCGUUUCAGCUUUAGGUGAAAACGAAUAAACUGAAGCUAUAUCAGGCAGGUUUUUUCACAGCAAAAGAAAUUCUCUUAAAUAGCACUUUCUCUUUUUUUUUUUUUUUUUUUUUUUUUUUUUGAGUAAUACCAAGCACUUUACUGAAAAGACUAUUUGAAAAGCAGUUUAUUUCUUUAGUCAGUGAAACUGUUAAAAGCCGGGGAGGGGGGGGGCAUCGAGGAAUAACUUAACAUGCGUAAAACUGUCAAGAGAGACAUUUCUGGAAAAUGUUUCUUGAAUACGGUGAUCCUUCGAGGCUCAAAGUGCAAAGAUUAAAAAGGCUUCUAAAACCGGGGGGGGCUUCGUGUUUUAUGUGGCCAGGGGACGGGAUUAGCGAGGAAGGAUUCCUCGGGUGGAAGGAAGGAAGGAAGGAAAGAGGCUUUUUGAAGUUGCACGGUUGCCUAUGAGAGAGAAUCAUCUGGCGGCUCGUUUGCCUGCUCGGUAAUUCUAAGUGUCCCUUAGGAUUAUAAUUUGCCUGGAAAUGUCGGGAAGGUGUAAAGAUGUGGCCUUUUUCCAAUGUUGGAGUCGAUUCAAGACCCGUUUCUAUUUUGCGAGGUUUCGGCCGGGUAUCGUUACGAGUGUUUUAAAUGUCGGGGCAUCGGGAGGUGCCGAACGUGUCAGAUUCGUAAGUGUCUCUAUUUGAAAUCAUUAUUAAAAUUAGAUGUACAGUCAGAGGGCUGGAAAAUGGUUAUUUUGAUUAAAAGGGAAAAGAGACUAGUUUUAAUAAUUAACCUUUUAUUUUUUUACUUAUCCCUGGUGGAAAAAGUUGAAGAGAGUUAAGUGAAUUUGGAUUUUAAAAGACGUAUUUAAACAAAUCGUAGACAACUGUGAGAGAACGUUUGAAAUUGUCUUGGUCGUCCACGGGACUGGAUCGUUGCUUUUUCACUGUCAUGAUUUUUAACACUACAUUCCGUGUCUUUUUUUGUUUUGUUUUGAUUUGUUUUGUUUUUGGUUUUAAACAGGUGAUUUUAAGCUCUGCUACGCUUCAUGCUCUGUCAUCUGCAUGAAUUUUGCCGGCAUGACGUGCUAUAGUCGAAGAAAUUGUACCGAAAUAAAAUGGGGGGGGGGGGGCGGGGGGGUGAAAAACACAAAACAAAACACUGUGUCUCAACAAAAUACUGUAUGGCCUCAUACAGAGCCCCCAGCUGAGACUGCGAGAUGCUGCAUUAAUAGACAAUCAAUGGGUAAUUAUUUAUGAAACCCUUCUGGGAACGGUCUUAAAGAUGUCACUGCUUUGAAAGCGGUCGGUCGGCGAGUCGUUUUUGUUUUUUUUUUUUUUUUUUAAA